AUGAAGACCACGCCUGAGUGCAACUUAGACGAAGAUAUCUGCCAUACGCACGACAGCAGUAAUUGCACACAUGUGUACAAUGGCUCUAGUUACACAUUCCACCGGAACAAUUCGAAGAAUCCUUACUCCUGGUCAGAUAGCAGAGACCUGUGCAAGAAGGCUGGAUAUGACCUUGUUUCCAUUGAAAGUUUUGGGGAAUGGAGCUAUUUGAAUCGAACUAUCCAGACAUAUAAAACAGGGGAAUACUUCAUUGGGCUGAAGAAGGAUAUAUCGUCCGGAGAGUGGAGAUGGAUAAGUGAUAAUAGCACAGUAAAUGCGUCAAGCAAGGGAGCGUGGCCUUGGGCGCGAAGUGAGCCUAGCAACAGUGACAAGGAGGACUGCGCACAACUGUACAAGACGUACAGAGGCUCUGGUCGGUAUAAUGAUGUAAGCUGUGGCUCAGAAUUGAAACAAGCAGGAUACAUAUGUGAGAGGUGCACUGAAUGUACCGUUAGAGAAGGGUCAACUCGGAGGCCACAAACACCGGAGACUACUCGUUUUAAAGAAUCAACAACAAAGGUGGAAAAAGUCUACACCCAACCAACAAAUGCAAGACCUUCAACAUUGCAAAACCGACCCACAUUCAAUCUCUCAACAAAAGGGACUACGUUUGAGAAUACCUUUAGUGAAUCGUCAUCGCAAAACGUUUCAACUGGCGAGUUAAACUUGGUGUUGAUCGUCAUAGUGCUUCUGGUCAUUUUUAUCGUGGUCAUUGCAGUCGUAUUCGGAAUAUUGUUUUAUCGGCGACGCCAAAGUCAUAAGAACCAAGAUCACGCUCACGAUCGGGUCACUUGCACCUAUGAGGUGCCCCUGAGUUCCGAACUGCAAUCGAUCGAUCCUGUGCUUAUUCAACAAAUGCAGAGCUCUGCCGAGCUUACUGUACACUUAACCCUUUCACAAACGGAAUCUGUGCCGGCCACCUACGAGACAGUAAGCGACUGCAAAAAGGAGUGCGAGUGGGAUAACAUAGAUGAGACUAAUCGAAAGUCAAGGUCAGUAAGAGAGGGAUAUUCAGAUACUCAAGAAAGAGCACGGGAAAACACAGUGUUGGUGAGUGGUGAAAAAGGAAUACAGCAGCCACAUACUUUGUGCGACAAUAAAGAAGAAAACAAGGAUCAUGUUUACGCUGUUGUUCAAAAAGAACGAAAGGACAGAGCCAGUUCUAAAGCAAACACUCUCAAAACACCAUCAGACCGCCCUCAAGAAGGAACAAGAGGGUCACCUGUGAACUGGGGCUCCUACGUCGACUGUGUUGAUCGUUCGUCGCAUCCAACUGAUUCAUGGCUCGGAAACAACGCAAAGGCUGCAGAGAGCAAAACACCACAGGCUGGCGGGAACAUUGAAUAUUUGUACGCAGCUGUUGACAAGACAAAAAGGAAGAAGAAACCGCCACAGAAGCCCUCUCCAUACCGUGGUCUUGUGUACGCAGAUAUGGUCCAUUCCCGAGAAAGUAGCGCAAAGCUCGUCAAAGAACAGUCCCAAACCGUGUACGCCCAAAUCAAUCAUGCCAAGACAGCAUGCGUGAUGAUAUCUCAGCAGAAUCUGGAGGAAAAAGAGAAAGGCGAACAUCAGUGAACUCUGUUCGUU